AUGCAUCCUCAGCGGCCUCUUCCUCAGGCCAUGCCCGCCUCUUCAUCCUCAUCCUCCUCGCUGGGACAGCAGCUGCGAGACGUGGCCGUGGGUCUGGGCCGCGGCAAGAACCUCCUCGGUGGGAACGUGGCCUACGGGUUUGUGCAGUCGCUAAAGGAGUGCCUCUACUUCCUGCUGUGCUGCUGGUGCAUCAAGGAGAUCCUGGACUAG